AUGGCACCGAAUCCACUUGCCAAUUGGGAAAAGAUCGGAAACAGUUUCUAUCGCAAGCUCGCAGUCUACGACGCUAUCUUUGAGGAUGACGUGGAGUUGGAAAACUACCUUGUCGCGGGUGCCCCCUACGGUGGAGCUAUUGCGCUAUACCGCGACGAGACCAAACCGCUGAGAUUGCGGGAUGGGCAGGGGUCUCGGUCGACCAUUGACGUUUAUUCUUGUUCCGGACAACGCAUCAACCGUAUCAAUUGGGAGCAAGCCACAAUCAGAGGUUUGGGCUGGUCUGACAAAGAAGAGCUGUUGAUUGUCUCCGAGGACGGCACGGUACGACGGUACCUCGGGUUAGACGGGGAGUUCACCUCAUUCUCUCUCGGCAAUGGCGCCGAGGAGUAUGGUGUGAGAGCUUGCCAGUUUUGGUCAUCAGGUCUCGUGGCAUUGCUUUCCAAUAACCAACUAAUUGUUGUAUCCAAAUAUGACGAGCCACGCCCGCGGCUUUUGGCACCUUGUCCAGAGGGCGAAGUCUCUUCUUGGGCAUUAAUACCUCCAGCUCAUACAUUAUCACGCUCUGUCGAGGUCCUCUUGGCCGUUGACAAGACAGUCUUUCUGAUUGACUCAACAGAAGCAGAAGACAAAAUUUUACAAAAUGGACCCUUCAAGCAUAUUAGUGUAUCACCCGACGGGCUAUCGGUUGCACUUUUCACCGCAGAAGGCAAGCUGUGGGUUGUCAGCAACGAUUUUCAAAGCAAAACCAGCGAAUAUGACUCGAAAUCACGGGUACCACCGAGUACAGUGACGUGGUGUGGCAAGGAAGCGGUGAUUCUGGCUUGGGAGGAUGAAAUCCACCUUGUAGGAUUGAAUGGAGUCGCUUCGAAAUACUAUUAUGAUGGUCGCGUUCAUGUAAUACCUGAAUUUGACGGUGUUCGCCUGGUCACCAACGAAACAUGUGAGUUCUUACACAAGGUCGCAGGUGUCACCGAGGAGAUAUUCCGCCUUGGCUCUUCUUCUCCCGCUUCGGUGCUUCUGGACUCGGUCGAUCAACUAGAAAAGAAGUCACCCAGGGCUGAUGAAAACAUCCAGCGAAUCCGAUCGAGUCUGCCUUCAGCGGUUGAUACGUGCAUAAAAGCAGCGGGUCAUGAAUACGAUGGCUUCUGGCAAAAGCGCCUUUUGAAGGCCGCUUCGUUUGGCAAAUCCGUCCUUGAUCUCUAUAAUAGCGACGAAUUCGUUGAAAUGACUGAAAAGUUGCGGGUUCUCAAAUCGUUGAGAGAUUACAGGAUUGGCUUGCCGCUAACCUAUGAGCAAUAUCUACGUCUCACACCAGAUGGCCUCAUUGAACGUCUGAUAAACCGUCAUGAGUAUCUUCUUGCAAUACGGAUUUCGGAAUACCUUCAGAUUCCCGCCGACAGAGUUUACGUCCACUGGGCCAGCCAAAAGGUCAAAGUUUCAACAGUUGAUGAUGAAGCUGUGUGUAAACUCAUUGUGCAAAGGCUUGAUGGCAAACCGGGAAUCUCUUUCGAGGCAAUUGCCCAAGCGGCCUAUAAUGAAGGCCGAUCUCACUUGGCUACCCAAUUGCUAAACCACGAGCCUCGUGGUGGCAAGCAAGUUCCUUUGUUGUUGAAUAUGGAAGAAGAUGAGCUUGCACUGGAUAAAGCUAUUGACAGUGGAGAUGAUGACCUGGUGAACUACGUUCUCCUGCAUCUCAAGAGCAAGCUUCCUUUAGCAAGUUUCUUUCGACUUAUCAACACUCGUCCAAUGGCAUCUGCGCUUGUUGAGACAGCUGCACGGGGCGAAGACACGGAACUACUCAAAGAUCUUUUCUAUCAGGAUGAUCGGCCCAUCGAUGGAGCCAAUGUGCUCCUAGCCGAGGCACUGCGUGAAUCUGAUCGCGCACGUCAGACGGAAAAGCUGCAACUGGCAUCUCGCCUUUUGUCGGAUUCCAAGGAGCCCACUGUGGUAUUGAACCAGAAAUUAGUCACCGAAGCCUCCCAGCUUCUAAAAACCCAGGAGGCCUUGGAUAAAGACUUGGCAGACAACAGUGAAUACCUUGGUCUCAGUCUAAAUGAAACCGUCUACAGACUUGUUCGAGCGGGAUACGGCAAAAGAGCGCAAAAGAUCCAGAGUGAAUUCAAAAUGCCGGAGAAAACAUUUUGGUGGCUUAGAUUGAGAGCAUUGGUGGCCAAACGCGAUUGGGGGGAGCUGGAAGAAAUCGCCAAGGUCAAAAAAUCCCCAAUUGGGUGGGAGUCUUUCUACAACGAGAUUCUGGGUGCUGGAAACACAAAGCUUGCUUCAGGGUUCGUGCCAAAGUGCACUCACCUGCCUCCUGCCGAGAGAAUUGAAAUGUGGGUAAAGUGCGGAAUGAUUGUGAAGGCGGGGGAAGAGGCGCAAAAGGCCAAGGACCUCAACACCCUGGAACUUCUCCGGACGAAAGCAUCUGGCCCCGCAGCCACCGAGAUCGAGCGCAUGAUCAACCAACUAAAGCCGAAGAAAUGA